AUGCACUACAUUAAUAAUUUAUCCUCUUCCCUUGCAGAUGCAGCCGAGCAGGAGAUGGGGAAUAGGACAACUGAGCUGGUUUUCACGCUCUUGGGCUUCUCUGCUUUCUCAGAACAGCACAAGUUGGUCUUUGUGGCACUCCUGGCUGUAUACUUCACGGCUCUGGUAGGCAAUGGGAUGAUACUGAUCAUUGUUUGGCUAGACUCUGGCCUCCAAACCCCCAUGUACUAUUUCCUCCAGAACUUAUCCUUCCUAGACAUCUGCUAUAUCUCUGUCACACUGCCCUAUAUGCUGAAUAAACUCCUGGAAGAGGAGAAGACCAUUUCCUUCCAGGCCUGCUUUACCCAGCUCUACUUCCUCAUUACCUUCGUGGGAGUCGAGUGCAUCCUCCUAGCCAUCAUGGCCUACGACCGCUACCUGGCUAUUUGCCACCCGCUGCGCUAUGCCGCCCUCAUGAGCAGAAAGACCUGCUUGCAGCUGGUGGUGGCCUCCUGGACUUGCAGCCUCCUCAACUCGGCCCUGCACACAGGUCUCACCUCUGUCCUGCCCUUCUGUGCCUCCCACCACAUUGCCCAUCUGUUCUGCGACGUCCCCCAGCUCCUGAAGCUCUCCUGCUCGGACACCUCCCUCAACAAGGUCGUGCUACUGGCUGUGACAGUGCUGCUGGGCACCAUUCCCUUCCUCUGCAUUGUGGUGUCCUACGUGGCCAUUGCAAGGGCUGUCCUGCAGAUCCGCUUUGCCCAGGCCCAGCAGAAGGCCUUCUCCACCUGCGUCUCCCACCUGGCCGUGGUCACCUUGUUCUACACCACGUGCAUGUUCAAUUAUAACCGACCCACCUCCGGGCACCCCUUGUAUGUAGACACUCUGGCUUCCUUGCUCUACAAUGUUGUCACGCCCAUGCUGAACCCCCUUAUAUACUCCCUGAGGAACAAGGAGGUGAAGGCAGCUCUGAAACAUGCAAUAGGGCAAACAAAAUUACUCUCUAAAAGCAUGAGAGCCUGA